AUGGCUGGCAAGCACCAGAGUGAGGCAGGGGUGCCAAGGGAAAGGGAAGAGGAACAGGCUGAGUUUCAUACACUUGUCCAGGAGUUCCUGAACUACUUCUUGGGGGCCCAUGUGUAUCCCGAGCAAAGGGAACACCAGAGAAGGGAGGGGGAGCACCAGCUGGUGCAAGCUCUGGUCGGCAGGAUCAUGGCUCGGGUGCAUGAGUGCAACGUGGAGAUGUUCACUGGAGAAGCCAUCCUGGUGGGCAGCCAAGCCCAGGACCUCCACGUCCGGACAGAGUCCAGCAGCAGCGACUACGACUUCCUGGUCCCCAUCCAGUACAACACGAACCUGAUCCUUAUGGGCAGCCUGUACAGCAAACUCUACACCCCAAAAGGUCAUCUGCCAGUCUGGGAGAGCUUGAAGCCCGGGGUGCCGGUGUACCGCUGGGGGAACAAGGUGGUGGUGGAUUAUAACAAGCUGAUAAUGAGAGAUCUCUUGGAGAAGAAGACGGUAGACAUUGACCUCACAGAGGAAGACAUAAAAACAAUAAAUGACCGGCAGCUACGGCUUUGGGAGAAUAGCGUUAGUCCAUAUAGUGUCAUGACAGAAUUGUGGAAGUGUGUCCAGGAAGCUCUGACUGAAGGUAAGUUUCUUUGUGAAUAUUCAUUCAUUAUUACUGCAUUAAUUAGUUGAGGCCGGUCAGGAAGAUGAUAAACAC